AUGAAUCAAAGACGCAAGACACAAAACCAAGACGGAGCCGGAGAAGAUAAUCAUCAGGCUAACGGCACUUCUACCCAAAUUGCUGAUCAAGCUCAAAAGUCAAAAAUCCGAAAUAAAAACAACUCCUUGCCGGAUGAGAUCGUAUUGGAACGUGCAAAACGACCACAAGCAAAAGGAGGCGUAAAUCGUAGAACCAGUUAUACAAUCAAAGCUCCAGGAACGCCUUUUCAUGAAUUGGAUUUGUCGGAAAUACCUUGGCUUCAUCAUGAUGCAACUGAUGAGAAUGUGAAACGAGGCUAUAUGCGGUAUAGACGUCUGUUCUUUAUUGCUGGUAUUUUGGCAGGUGCAAUUCUUGCAUAUGCAUUAAGUCACCAUGUCGUCUUGGAGUCUCACAUUCAGAAUCUACGUGGGGUCAUCGAUGAACAACUCAGCGAUAUCGGUAUCAAUUUAUCCUCUCUCGACCUUUCGUCAUUCAGCAUACCUUCCGAAUUAGCACAGCUGGGAAAUGAUCUAUUCAGUGUACCCAGAAAGUGGGGAGAAAAUGGUGAUUUCACAGUAGCUGUUGGAGAACGACUACGGCAAGAAGGGCUUAAGGUCAAUCAUCCAGUAGUACUAUUACCCGGUAUCGUGAGCACAGGUCUUGAAUCAUGGUCUACCGAACCAGGUGUUUUCCGCAAACGGUUAUGGGGAAGCAUGUCAAUGGUCCGUACGAUUGCUACCCAAAAGGAAAUGUGGAUCCGACAGUUGAGUCUUGAUCCAAGCACUGGCUUAGAUCCUCCUGGAAUUAAAGUACGACCAGCAGAAGGACUUGAUGCUGCUUCAUAUUUCGUUUCAGGUUAUUGGAUUUGGGAUCCGAUCAUUCGAGCUUUGGCGGUGAUUGGAUAUGAUCCCAACCAUCUCUCACUUGCGUCCUACGAUUGGCGUCUAUCGUUCCACAAUCUUGAAGUCCGCGAUCGGGUAUUCUCACGUUUGAAGUUGCAUUUUGAGCAAAAUCUAUUCCUGACAGGUAAGAAGUCAGUCUUGGUCGCACACUCGAUGGGAUCAACAGUCGCUCUGUACUUUAUGAAAUGGGUAGAGGCUGAAGGACCAGGGUACGGCAACGGAGGCCCAGAUUGGGUUGAUAAGCAUAUCGAAUCAUUUGUCAGUAUUGCAGGCACAUUCUUGGGUGUGCCAAAAGCAAUGGCAGCUUUGCUAUCUGGUGAGAUGCGUGAUACGGUCGAAUUACCUCCUGCUGCUGCGUACUUGUUGGAGAAAUUCUUCAGCAGAAGAGAACGUGCAAAGCUUUUCCAAACAUGGGCUGGAAGUGCAUCGAUGUUGAUCAAAGGUGGCGAUGCUGUUUGGGGUAAUGAGACUUGGGCACCUGAUGAUGAGCCAGGAUCAUCGGUCGAUCAAUCCCAUGGAAAGGUGUACUCUUUCAAAUUGCCUGAAGGAGCUGCUUUCCAAGGUGCAGGAGAUGCAGCGCACCCUGUUGGAGGUUCAGCAAAUGUACACGAAACCAGCACACAACAUAUCCUACAAAGCAAUCUCAGUGCCAGUGAUGCUUACAAUUGGCUAUUACAACACACGCCCUCGACAUUCCAACAGAUGGUUCAAAAGAAUUACUCAGACGGUAUCGAGUAUUCGGAAGAGCAAAUCAAGAAGAACAAUCAGAUCGAGAAAACAUGGGCCAAUCCAUUGGAAGCUGCUUUGCCAAAUGCGCCAAACAUGAAGAUGUAUUGCAUCUAUGGAGUAGGUAAGCAAACCGAACGAAGUUAUUGGUAUACACAAGGACCAUAUGAACGUGACGAAUUCAUUGCAGAAGGGGAAGCAGCCACUUGCUUGGAUUGCGGAAAUCAAACUACUUCAACACCUCUCGACUUCCCAACUUCUCGAACAAGUUGGAUUGAUACAUCUAUACACGACGAAAAGUCAACUCCUCAAGUACGAUCUGGUGUCAAAUUCUCUGAUGGUGAUGGAACAGUCUCUGUUCAUUCGUUAGGCGCAAUGUGCGUUGAAGGAUGGAAGAGAAAGAGAUAUAAUCCAGCAGGCAUAAAGGUUAUUACGCAUGAGAUUGCACAUGAACCUGAACCGUUAGAUUUACGUGGUGGAAGUACGACAGGUGAUCAUGUGGACAUCUUGGGAAGCUUUAAAGUGAACGAGAUUGUGCUUAGAGUUGCAGCUGGAUUAGGACAUACGGUCAACGAGACCCACUUUUCCAAUGAACGAGAAUAUGCAAAAAAGAUUGCUUGGGAUUCGCCUCGUGUUUGA